AUGAGCAAUAACAAUUCUUCACAACCAUCACGACAUCGGAAUACAGACAGGUCAAAUUAUUAUCAGCAGCGAAAUGAAAAAGAUUAUGGUCGCUCGACUGAUCAUCGAUAUCAUCACGAAACUAACGAACAAAGAGAAAAUAAUUCAAAAAGAUAUUAUGACAAUCGUGCUCAAAACGAUCGUUCGUAUAGAGGAGGAGGGUAUAAAGAUUCAGCCACAAAUGAUCGUACCAAAAAGAAUAGAUAUAACUUUCAACAACAACAAGUAGAAACCAAUUUUUAUUUUGCAAAAGAUAAAGACUUGACGGUAUUAGGAAAGAAUGAUUUUUAUGAUAUUCCUAUCAUUCCAACAAGAGACGCUUUUAAAGAAAAUUUCAACAAUGAAAUCUCAUUAUUAGAGUAUAUUUCCAAUUAUCACAUGUACAAUAUUUAUUCUGACGUUGUUUGUGAGCAGGUUGAGCAUGAUCAUUCGAGAGAAUAUUUCUUCAAAUUCCUUUCUAUUAUUCCAAGGUUAGAAAUGGAGUUUGAAAGAGCAGAAAUACUUGUAGAACUUAGGCAAUAUUAUAAGGAUUUGUUAAAAGAAUUGCUUGAUGUUGACUUGGUGCCGAAACAAUCAUUCAAUAGAUGGAUGUUCGAGAGAAAAGUGUUGGAAAAUAUCCAUUUGAAACAAAAAUUAGAAAAUAUUGGAUAUAUUGACCCAAUAUUACCGUCACUACUCACCAAUAUUACGGAUAAAUCCUUAGAAAACGACAGUGAUUAUUUUAUUGAUCCAAAGAGCGUAUCUCUAAGACGAGAGAUUCUUGAUGACAUUCCUGUGAAAGUGAACAUGUUUCCGAAAAAUGCAAACGACGCAAAAGACAGUAUAACAACAUAUAUAGACGCAUGUAAAACCUUGUGCAAGAAAGAUCAUAUUGGAAAAUCUUUUACAGAUAUUGAAAAAGAAAAGAUUUUUACAUCUUGCGACAAUUAUUCACAAUGGUUAGACAACGAAUUCAAAUCUAAUAAGAGAGAAAAGGAUAAAGAGGACAAUAUCAUGAACAAGUUGAGAGAGAUGAAAGAAGAUGUUGGAAAGCUACUUCAAGAAAAGGUCUCUAGUGAGGUUGACAAACUAUGUUCAUUGUUGUCGAUCAAGAGCAAUUAUCUACUCAACACACGGUUUAAAAGUUUGCUAACUACACAUAUAAUCAACGACUUUUCUACAAUUUUAGAACCAAAGGAAUGUACAUCUCUUCAUGAAUGCUUAAAAGUAUACUUUUCACAAGACAAGAUUAACACAUUUACAAAAGUAAUAGAAAAGUCAACAACCAAUAAUCAAGUGAUUUUAAACAUAGACAAGAAGAACAGCUUCAAGACCGAAUCCAUUCAAAGCAUCGACCUACAAUGCCAACUCAAUCUAUCUCACUAUGAAAAAUUGAAAAAACAUUUCACACACCGCCUUAACUUGAUUUCACAAACAAACAUUGAAAAAAGAAAAUCAUUAGAGACGAUAUUUUUUACCUCAAGUUCCAAGUCCACAUGCUUAUUUGAUUUGUUCGUUUAUUGCCUUCUUCUUCGAUAUGCUGCCAUGUUUGGAAUGGGUACCAAGAAGUUUGAAGGAUCAGGACUACACGCUGCUUGUCCUAUUCAAGUAUUUGAGACACUGCAUGGAGAUGUGAAGGUAAAUUCUGAAAACUUUGCAUCACCUUUGAAUUGUUAUUUCCCUGAUUUUUGUUCUGCAUGUGGUGAUAUUGAUUAUUGGUUUGGAUCAUUGGGAAGCUUUUUUGAAUUUUUCCCAACCACAGGAAGCUUUGAAGCAAACCCUCCUUUCAGUGAAGAGUUAAUGAAGGUCAUGGUCUCUCAUAUGGAAACACUUUUAGAUCAUUCCAACACUGCUCUGUCGAAGGAUACAAGCAAGAAACGACCUCUCUCUUUCUUUAUUGUAGUUCCUAAUUGGAUGGAUGCACCAAGUUUACAAGAUUUAAUGUCUUCACGACAUUUGACUCAUGAACUUGUGCUUGGAGCAUCUGAACACUCUUACAUUAGUGGAAAUCAACAUAAUGAUCCUUCCAUGUACAGACGUUCCUAUGCAGCUGUUCAUGAAACUCAUGUCUUUGUGUUACAAAAUAGUCAAGCAUCUAUUGAAAUGCCAAUCACAGAUCCAUUUAUUGAGCGAUUCAAAAAAGCAUUUGCUGUCAAGAAAUAA